CAGGGACACUGGAGAUUAUCAGUGUGUGGCAGAGAAUGAACAUGGAGCAGUGGAGGGGUUCAUAACCAUCACUGUGGAAUAUCCCCCACAGGAGACCAUGGUGUCCAUCAGCAGAUCCUCAGGUGGGAUAAGAGAGGGAAGCAAUAUCACAUUAACCUGCUCCAGUGAAAGUGUCCCACCGAUAUCUCAUUACACCUGGUUCAGGAUCGAGGGGAACACCAGCACCCAGUUAAACACAAGUAGCCGCUCUCUCUCCUUCACUCCUGUAACACGGGAGAAUGAUGCAGGUUUCUACUGCACAGCGAGGAACCCAGUGGGUAACAGCACCUCCAACAUCACCCACCUGAACGUACAAUAUAAGCCGGAGAUUUCCCAGCAGUCGGAGUGCACUCGGAGGUCAGAGAGGGUCACCUGCGUCUGUGUGGCCAACUCCAACCCACCCGGAGACCUCACCUGGCAACUGCCCAGUGCCAACAUCAGUGGUAACCAAACACACGGAGGUUUUGUGUCGUGGCAGGUCAGAGAUGGGCAUCUGGUGACUGGUUCCCUCACCCUGAUGAGACCCCAGGAUGAGGGAGGAGUGAUGGCAUCCUGCUCGGUUCAAAACCCACACGGGGAAGCCACGUUCAAGAUGUAUCUGUGGGUCAAAGGUAGAGACUCCAGUAAAUGGACAGUAGGAUUGCUCACGGCUGGGAUCAUGUUGAGUGUUUUACUGGCUGGAAUCUUCAUCUUCAUCUGUGUGAGAAAGAGAAAGACAGCGAUGGAGGAGAGAGUUUCAGGGACCAGUGACAUUGCAUUGACCCCCAGUCCACUCUCUGUGAAGCACCAGGGUAAACAGAACGUGCUGAUUACUGAGCCCCAGAACACAAACAGAGACACAACUGGCGAGGGGCAGACCCCAGCUCCCCGGGGUAUCUCUGAAGGUGCAGUGGGAGGCGAUGUUGUACAUGGGAACCCCAACAAAACUGAAGAGUUUCUAUACGCCAAUCCCCAAGUCUUGAGGAUGUCCAGUGGUGAUGGGUCUGUCCACAGGGAAGAGGAGACAGAAUACGCACAGAUCAGGAGAAAGACAGCGAUGGAGGAGAGAGUUUCAGGGACCAGUGACAUUGCAUUGACCCCCAGUUCACUCUCUGUGAAGCACCAGCGUAAACAGAACGUGCUGAUUACUGAGCCCCAGGACACAACCAGAGACACAACUAGUGAGGGGGAGACCCCAGCUCCCCGGGAUCUCUCUGAAGGUCCAGUCGGAGGCGAUGCUGGACAUGGGAACCCCGACAAACCAGACGAGCUUCUCUACGCCAACAUCAACUUUUCAAAGCUGCCCAGCGGUGACAGGACUGUGCACAGGAGCGAGGACACGGAAUACGCACAGAUCAGGUUCCAGAAAAACUGAGUGUGAAACAGGGACCGAGGCUGUGGGGUGUGUGCAGCCAACAUGGCCAAAUAGUAAUGAACAGAAAUAUGAUGUUGCUGAACUUUUUUUUUAUCUGUUCUGAGUGAGCUUUCUGAAUGCUGCACCUUUUUCCAUGCUGUAAAAGAUUGUGAGAAGCUUAUGAAUUAUGUAUAAUGUUACAUCUGUUAAUACAAGGUGAGGUGAGAGUGACUGCCUUUGACAUCAAGGCUGCAUUUGACCGAGUGUGGCAUCUAGGAUCCCGAGCAAAACUGGAGUCAAUGGGAA